UCUCUUCUCCGAUCUCUGCGUCCUGCUUUCUCCAUCGCUACCCCUCGUUCCCUUGUGUAUUUUUACAUCGCUUACUAAUCUCUCUCAUCAAUUCGAUCGGAUUUUUGUGGUGUUCUUAGGUUUCGUUUUUUUAUCUUUCUCUCAUCUGGAUAAAAGGAAGAAUGGGACAACAAUCGUUGAUCUACAGCUUCGUCGCUCGCGGUACGGUGAUCCUCGCCGAGUAUACCGAGUUCAAGGGCAAUUUCACCUCCGUCGCCGCUCAGUGUCUCCAGAAACUUCCGUCCUCGAACAACAAAUUUACCUACAAUUGCGACGGUCACACUUUCAAUUAUCUCGCUGAUAAUGGCUUCACCUAUUGUGUUGUUGUUAUUGAAUCUGCUGGGAGGCAGAUACCAAUGGCUUUCUUGGAGAGAGUCAAGGAGGAUUUCAACAAGAGAUACGGUGGUGGAAAAGCUUCCACUGCUAAAGCCAACAGCUUGAACAAAGAAUUCGGGUCUAAAUUGAAGGAGCACAUGCAGUACUGUGCGGAUCAUCCUGAGGAGAUUAGCAAACUUUCCAAAGUUAAGGCUCAGGUGACUGAAGUGAAGGGUGUUAUGAUGGAGAAUAUUGAGAAGGUCCUUGACCGUGGAGAGAAAAUCGAGCUAUUAGUAGACAAAACUGAGAACCUUCGCUCACAGGCACAAGAUUUUAGAACACAAGGAACAAAGAUGAAAAGAAAGUUGUGGUUCGAAAACAUGAAGAUAAAGCUCAUAGUCUUUGGCAUCAUUGUCGCUUUGAUUCUCAUCAUCAUUUUGUCGGUUUGCCAUGGCUUCAAGUGUACUUAAGAACUCGAUUCCGGUGGAUCAGACCACCCACAUAGCUACUAAGCUAAUUAGAACCAUCCCGGUAUAGUUAUCCCCUUUUAUCCUUCUCUUUUGUAUUUUUCCUUCUUCUUUUAUUUAGGCAAACAAAAAUUGACGUGGUACCCAGAAUGAUCCUUAGGAAAUCAACUGUUUGGAAGAGAGAUUUAAGCUUUUUCUUGUGUUUACUUAUUAUAUAGGUUAGGCCUUUAUGCUCUUGUAAUCUACAAGUCUAAUGAUCGGUUUUAUAUUCCUCCAACCAACUUGACACAUUAUCUGAUAGUGUUAUAUCUAUGGAUAUAACAUCAACUACUUUUGGAAUUACUUUUGGAAUGAGAUCAUUUGACAUUGCGGUAAUAACAGACAACGACACCCGAAAAAGCUUACAAGAGAGAAUCAUCAACAAGCCAAUUGAUCUCUCAGUGGUAAGAUCUCUUCGAAAAUCGGAAGUCUUCUUGUCCUAUAAGGCCUCCUCCAUUCCUUCACAAACUCAUCAAGUCCUUCGACAACCGCUAUCUCAUCUAUACCAACUUCACAUUC